UGUAGUGUUUACUUCCGCCCGGCCUACUCCGGCCGGGAGAUGAAGCACGUGGGUUUCAGUGCUUCGCGUUCGCCGAAGUAGUGGUCCUGGGUGAUCACUGGGAAAGACCUUCGAGACAAAGAUGUGGCGCCCAGCAACGGUGCUUCCUCCGCGGUGGACACUGUCAGUUUUCCCAGGUGCUAGUCGCUUUUGCUUUUGGAGGUUGGGAGCAGCGAUGCGGAAGGACUUGGGAGACGUUCUCCGCCGUGGCUUGAGUGACUCCUGCCCACAGCCCUUGCGAUAUGAGGAUCUCAGGGUAUUUCCUCGACUGCCCUUUGACCGCUCUGUUUUCAAGAGGUCCAUAACCAGCCCAAGAUUGGCUGAGACCUUGGCGGAAGUGCUGCAGUUGGGAAAAAAUGCACGUCGCGGUAUAAUCAUAGAGUGCAAUCCAGGUCCUGGAUUCCUGACUAAGGCAUUACUAGAAACUGGUGCCUCAGUGAUUGCGCUUGAAAGUCACAAAAAGUUUAUUCCACAUUUGCAGUCCUUAGGGGAAAAGCUGAAUAGAAAACUAGAAGUGGUCCAUUGUGACUUUUUUAAAAUGGAUCCUACUCGUCAUAAUCUAGUGAGACCACCCAUUGUGCUUUCGCAAGAGCUUUUUCCAAGUUUGGGAAUAGAAGCAAAUUCCUGGUUAGAAGAUACUCCUUUUAAAGUAGUUGGAAUGCUUCCUAUGAGUAAUGAGAAAAAGGCACUUUGGAAACUUUUACAUGAUCUGUAUACUUGUUCUUCUAUAUAUAGAUAUGGCCGAGUAGAACUAUACAUGUUAAUUAGUGAAAGCCAGUUUGAGAAACUAAUCGCAAAUCCCACAAAUCCAUACUUAUAUCAUGUAUUAAGUGUGCUUUGGCAAGUAUCUUGUGAGAUAAAGCUUCUCCACAAGGCUUCAUUAAAACAUCGAAAUGUGUGUUUCAUUCAAAUGACGCCUCGUAAAAAUUUAUUUACAGAAUACUUAACUCCUAUUAACUAUGAUAUAUUUUUUCACAUGGUGAAGCAGUGUUUUGGGAGGCGCCGUGCCUUGGUAAUACAACAUUUACAUUCAUUGACUCCAUAUGAUCCAUUGACUAUAAUGAAUGAAGCAAAUAUUGAAACUAAAGUGAAACCAUCUGAUAUCUACCCUCAGGACUUUAAGAACCUUUUUGAAACUAUAGAACGUUCCAGCGACGAUGACAAUAAAUGGCUGUAUGAUAGAGUCAUAGAAGAUUUACAGUGUUAAGGCAAGAGACCAUCAAAACAUUAGCUGAACAGUUUAUUUGGAAAACAUGACACAAAUGAAAAAAACUGCAUUGGAAAGCAGACAUCCAUCCUUUCAAUAGAAGAUAACUUCUUGUGCAGCAGACUAUGAAACUCAUUUCUGAAGUUGGUAUUAUUGACACAUUGGCUACAACAGUGACUGCUGUUUUAUUCACCACUGAAUAAAAGGCAAAUGUCAGUUAAUUGUGGAUUGAUCAGAUGGAAUUUUUUUUUUUUAAUUUCUGUGUAGUGUUGUGGGGGUGUAGCUCAGUUGUAAAAUUUGUGCUUAGUUUGUAUGCACAAGGCUGUGCAGUCACAAGGCACUAAGAAUUUUUUUUAAUACUGUCUACUAAAAACAUAAUGACCAUUUCAGGUAUACCAAUUGAAAUUUGGUUUACUUUUAAAAACUCUGGCCAAAGGGCUUACAUUGUAUUUAAUUUAAAUAUUCCCCUUUCACCCUUGCUGAAUUUUGCAUUCCUAGGGGAGGAAGAGUUUGUAUAGUAUUAAAUUUAGAGAGUAAAUUAAAUUUACUUAGUGGUUUUUUUACCUUUUCUGUUUGCGGAAAUGUAUUAUGUUACUGUACAAUGAAAUUAUUUAAAUUUUAAUAACUUUUUAAAAAUUAAAAUAUUUUAGGUAAUA